AUGUCGAAAGACCCGACUCGCCAACAGCUCUCGUCCCGACUCGCCUACAAUGCGCACACCCCAGCCUUCCUGCUCCGCAUGCAGCAGCGCGUGUCCGGAGCGCGGGGCGCAGACGACGACGAAGAUGACGAGUAUGAGUACGACGGCUCUGGACGUCCGCCUAUCCCGAAACGGCCUGCGAUACCUGAACGCCCCUCGAACGAUCUGGGCAGCGCGGACGAGGACGACGCAGAUGAGCGGCCGCAGGUCGUGGUGCUGAAAGAGGGGAAGCACCUCAGCGAGCGGGAGGUGGAGGAUGAGAGGCGAAAAGCGAAGGGCCUUCCUCCAUUGCCUAAUUCAGGCGCACAAGGAGAUGAAGCGCAGACAUCGGCGUCGGGGUCGAAGAUGGCGGAGAAACCUGCAAAUGCGGCUAAGCAGGUACAAGGCCUAUCCUUCUCCUCUGGCGCCGCGCCAAGGGCAAAGUCGACGAAGCGCAAGGCCGUUGGCGAUGGGCGUGACCCCGAAGCAAAAGACGGCAAGGGCGGCAAAAGCCCGAAGAAAAAGCACAAGAAAGCAGAGAAGAAGCUCCUGUCGUUUGGAGACGAGGCGUGA